AAAAUAUAGAAGGUAAGUGCAAAUUUUGCUGCCUGUUUGACAAGACCAUAGAGUCUAAAAUGCUGACCUGUGUGACAACCUUGUGUCUCUCAGAGUACCAUGUUAUAUCCACAUUCAAGAGGAACCCACUUGAGCAGGCUUUUCGCCGGCCCAAUGUUAAUCUCACGUCCUAUCACCUGAUCAAUCAGUACUGGAUCGCUGUGAGCCACAAGGCCCCAGCGUUCAUGUAUGAUCUGUACUUAAGGAUGAUUGGUCGAGAGCCCAGGAUGAUGAAGACCAUCAGUCGGCUGCACAAAGCCAUGAUGGUGCUGGAGUACUUCACCAGUCACUCGUGGGUGUGGCACACAGACAACGUGGCCAUGCUCAUGACCCACAUGAGCCCAGAGGAUAAGAAGGUGUUCAACUUUGACGUGCGGCAGCUUCACUGGGCAGAGUACAUGGAAAGUUACUGCAUGGGCACCAAAAAAUAUGUCCUAAAGGAACUGUCAGGGCUGCCCGCUGCACGCAAACACCUCAACAAACUGAGAAACAUCCGUUACACCUUCAACACAGUCUUAGUUGUGCUAAUCUGGCGCAUUUUCAUCGCUCGUUCACAAAUGGCCAGAAACAUUUGGUACUUUGUGGUCAGCAUGUGCUUCAAGUUUCUGUCUUACUUCAGAGCUUCCUCCACCAUGAGAUAAUGACCAGGAGACGACCGCUGGACUGAACUGCAUGCAGCUCUCUCUUUAAAAAGCUGCGUAAACAUAACCCACAAAGUCACAGCACGAAGGAACAAAGCUGCAGAGAUCGUCGUUACAGAAGUGGAGAUGGUGAGAUGGAUUGUAAGCAUCCGAAAGGACAUGAAUCAAUGCUCAGAGGACGAACCAGCUCCCUUCACUCAAACCCUCAUACUACCAAGCACUGCUGAUCUGCUCUCUCACCUGGCUGCAGUACAUGAAGCUAUGCAUGGAAAUAAAUUUGAGUUUUGAACCCCUAAACAUUACAGGUAUCUAGACAACCCCAAGUGCUUUAGCAUUCACCUCUUAUUCAACUCACUUUAUGAAAUCUUACAUUUUGAAUGAAAAUCUCGAUCACUGCCAUCAAUACAAAGCAUUAAUAAUCCAUUUGUGUGAACCAUCUGCAAAAUGUUAUGAUAUAAUGCCUAAAGGAGUUUUGUUUGCAUGUAUUUGGAAAUUGGAUGACUUAACCAAUAAUCAACUGUAAAAUACUUGAUGUGAGCACUUCAGUAAAGAGCAACUUGUAUGGCUUUAACACCUUUUUGUUCACGAUAAUGGAUAAUUUCUGGACUUGUUUUUGCUCUUUGACUUGUUCUCACAAAUGGCAGUUAUAAUUUUCAAAACUGCUUACCUUCAUUCAGUGCCUACAGUAACCUUUGACCUCUUAGCUCUCUGACUCGUAGUACACUGGAGGAUGAAGGGGUUGAAGUUGCGUGGAUUAAAGCUGAUUUUGGUUGAAAAUUUUGAACAUGGACCAUGGACUCUUUAGCAGUUGCAGUUCACUUUUUGUUCAUUUAUUUUAUACUUUUGUGUACAUUCUUACCAUUCCAUCUAGUGUAGUUCAGUAAUUAUUUCAUUUUCAUGAAUAUAUUUUUUUAAAUUUAAUGAAUCCAAAUAUGUGUGCUUUCAUGUUAAACCGGCUAUUUUACUUUUCUUGGAGUCUUCUAAGUUUCAACCCUUCACACAUAAUCCAGUUCACACAGGAGCCAGUGUGUUGAAAAAACCCACCCUUUGUGAAACCAUGGUGCAAGAAUCGUGCCUGAACAUUGGUCUGUGGUCUCAAUGUGAAACAGAGAAAUCAGAUGUAUGUUUUGUACUGACUGUGUGUAAAGCUAUAUUUACGUAGACAAAAGUAUGUAUUUUUAUGCUGUUAUUGUCGGCUGUUACUCAAGGGGCUAUGAGUGAAUUCUGCUUCUUGCUCUGUGUGUGUUUUGUAUGCUAUGAAUGUAAUUAACAGUCUGGAUAUUUUGAUAAUGCAGAUGAAGAAAUAUUCCAUACUGUUAAUUUUUCUACGGUUGAAAUUGCCUGAUGCUGAUGGUGAAUGAUGCUCUUGGACUUAUGCUGUGUCUUAUUCAGGGUUUUCCACUGUUUGAGAAGUAAGAGAAAUGACCAGUUCUUGAGAUUUCUUAGUCUUGAUAACGUGAUGAAUUCGCCCUUCUGUGAAGGACAUGGCACAAGCAGCAAGUUUAUUUUGAGUUCAUGUCAAAUAUUCAUCCAUAUAUGGUUGUCUGAGAUUGGACUGUGUGGUAGUUGUCAGUUAUUGGUUUAUUGAAUGUUAAUAAUGUGAGCAGAGGUGUAAUGGCAUUCAGCUGUAAAAAUCAAUCUGUAUUUAAAGGUGCACUAUAACUUUUUGGGAGGGAUGGUCUGUCACCUGCAUGUUUCUAUGGAUAUGUCAUUGCUCUGGCUGGAAUGUUCCACAGUAUGACAUUAAACAGCUCUACCUUACCUUUAUUACAGUACAUGCAGUUUUAUAGCUCAAAAAUGCCUAGAAAAUGUUUAAUACCACAUUGUGAAACAUUCCAGACAAUGCAAUAACAUCUCCAUGGAGAAAAGCAUUUGAUGGCCCUCCACCAGAAAAGUUAUACAAUUCACCUUUAAAUUUACUUCCAAGUUUGAGGCCAGCUACAAUUACUGUAACAACCAUAGAUUUUCUGUUACAUUUUCUUACCCUUCAUCCCUUUGCAUUCUAGUCAUUCACGGCUACGUCUCAACUUUUUCAUGUGGUUUCUUCUGGUCUGUUACUGAUGUUUACAAGAUAUAAAAGCCCUAAGUCCCUUAUAACCAAUGUGACAGUCUGUUCCUAUGGGUUCUGUCUCUUCUGUUUUUUGUAAAUGUUCCCUGUACUUUCAGUAAUAUCAAAUGUUCAACAACAAUUCAAUGGGUGCCUUUAGUUUGUAUACCCAAAUGGAAUAAACCUUUAAAAUCCUC